ACAAUAGACUUAAGCUUCUGAGUGUUUUUUGCAUAUACUUCCUCCCUUGUCUUCCUGUGACGUUGUUCGUUUUCCCUACGGAGGCACAUCUUUGUUGAAGGCAUAAGUUUAAGAUCGAAGGCCUAAUAGCUCGACGCAGAAACCCGAGGCAGACAAACUAUAUCUCGACCAUUCAUGUCAGAAAAAUUGGCGCCCACUGUGGGGCCGAAGACAAAAUUCUUUGUCUUUUUUCAUCGGCCUCAAUACUUCAAUGUCCGUCCAUGGCUGAUUUACCUCCACCAACACCUUCCAAACUUCUUCGGAUGGUCACUUAAGUUACAACAAGCAAACCAGCGCAUGGCAGAGAAAAAUCAAAGGAUGACAAACCAAAUCGCCGAGUUAACUAAUGCUCGGAUCGAAAAUAAUAAUGAUCGUAAUGAGCAAACGGAGGAGGCAGAACACGAAUCCGACCCAACACAUGUCUCCGAAACUGCUUGGAACGAGAAAGAUCAGCUCCCCGGAACGAAUAAGCUCGCACGACUAGAGAAUGAAGAAACUAGGCCUGAUAACUCUGUAGGACCAUUCACGGUUGACAUUUUGAAUUUCCAAAUACCUAGGAGAUUCACUUUGCCAACAACCAUAAUGAUGCGUAGCAUUCAGAUGGAUUUGACAGAGUUUUGUAGCAGAAAAGGAAGAAACAUGGGAAUUGAGGAAGAGCGAGGAAGCAACACUGCCUCCUCCACGCUGAACUUGGGCAUUUCUAAGUUCAGCGUGGAGUCCACUUACAAAGGAGAAAUUGAUCAUUUUGCUGCCUUUGCUAUCUACCUACACGAUUCCGACUACCUGAACACAAUCAAACAAGGUCAGAAUGAAAGUCUGAAAGACUACAUUACUCGUUUCAUAAAGGUGGCCAUGAGCAUACCAGAUCUUCACCCCGAAGUGCAUCUGCAUGCCAUCAAAGGUGGGCUCCGACCAGGCAAAUUUCAAGAAGCAAUUGCAGUCUCCAAACCAAAGACCCUCGCCGAGUUCCGCAAAAAGGCAAAAGGUCUGAUGGACAUCGAGGAACUCCGACAAGCUAGGAAAGCAGAAAAGCCCUAG